AUUUUCAAGACGACCGACGACUUCCUUCAAUCUCCCAGCACCAUGAACGCCCCCAUUUAAGACCUAACCUAGAACUUGAACCGUCAUCCCGUCUGAUCUGGAAAGAUUUGUUUCCAAGCGGCGAGAAGCGAAGAUGGUGAAGGGGAAGAUCGCGAUCCGAAAGAUUAAUUGCUCGAAGAGCAGGCAAGUGACUUUCUUCAAGAGAAGGACUGGCCUGAUGAAGAAGGCGAAGGAGCUCUCAAUUCUUUGUGACGCUGAAAUCGGUGUCAUUAUCUUCUCUUGCACUGGCAAGCUCUAUGACUAUGCGAGCACCAGCAUGAAGUCAGUUAUCGAACGUUAUAACAAAAUGAAGCAGGAGAACCAGCAACAACCUCUUAUUGCUACGGAGAUCCAGUUUUUGCAAAAGGAGGCUGAGAGCUUGAAGCAACAGCUGAAGUGUCUGCAGGAAUGCAACAGGCGACUGAUGGGAAAAGAGCUUUCCAAGCUAAGUUUGGAGGACUUGAAACAGUUGGAAAAUAUCUUGGAAAUGGGCUUGAAGAAUAUCCGCUCGAGGAAGGACCAGAGUUUCAUGGAAGAAAUGAGGGAGCUAAAGCGAAAGGUUGAUGACGUUGAACAAGAAAAUGUAGAAUUGCGGAAGAAAUUGAGAGUCAAAAGUGGUGAUUAUAUUGAAUUCAAGGGGGAGUUUUCUGCAGAAACUAGUUGGAGUAAAGAAAUGAGCCAGAUGAGUGCUCAAGCAAUACCGGAUAAAGAUGACAUCCCUGAGCGUAUCCUUCUCCAAUUAAGCUUGCAACCAAAGCCCUAUCUUUUGGAUGCGCAAAAAAUUGCAAGCGGCUAACGAUGGUUACGACCAUCGGGGAACUUCGGAGAUAUGCGUCUUGAUAAAUGAAUUCCUACGACAAUGUACUUGAUGUAAAAAAGAGGAUCCAUACGGUGUAGAAUUACAAACAA